AUGUCGGUACUAAAGCUCCUCCUUUACAUCACUGACCGUGACCUCACUUCGAGCUCGCCACCGCCGCACGAACCCAAUCAUACCCAAGUAAUCACCGCGGGUUACAACAGUAAUUGGCAUAAAGAACGGGCUGAUCCGAAGAUAGCAGAGGCGAAGUCUAAGAAACGUGAGGAGAAAGAGGGCAAGGGCAAGGGCAAGAUGACAUUGGUUAAGAGACUGCGCAGGAAAUCGGGCACGGGCAUGAAUUCGGAAGCCAAUCGCACGUAA